UUACAAUCGUAAUAAAAUAUCCUUCUUCCGGCAGCUUCCAUUUCUUCGUUAAUAUUCCUCCUUUCUAGAUCACUCUCUCAGAUAAUUCCGCGGCAUAAAUCUCCCAAAUCCCUGACCUUCUUUAGGGUUUCGGAUUUCCGUUCUAGCAAGUAUCUUCCAUCGCAUCCUCUGCGUCGAUUGUUUGGCGUCAAUCAUCGCCAUCCUUGUGGAUUGUAUCUGCAAUUCCAAGAGGUGCGUAUGGCUUUUGAUCCUUCUGCAUCGUGUUUGUUGUUGAUCAUUCGAAUUGCUUGAAUUCACGAGGUUGUUCUUCAUUUCAGGAAGGGUUUUGCCAUUUCUGCCGUAUAGUGAAUUGGGAAUUGACAAUUUGUUCUUGGGUCGAGGAGUGAUCCAUAAUUAGGGCGGUUUCCUUCACGUGGUACUGGUAUGGCGGUUUAUUGCUCUUGAUCUCGGUAUAAGGACGGUUUCUCUUCAUACGUAGUCAUGGAUUCGGUGGAUAUAUCUGAUGAUGCCCUUGAUUUGGUGGGUGAUGGUGGAUUGACGACUAAUGCAACAAGCACCUCUACCCGUAGUGUGGAGAACGUAGGAGAUGGGAACGGAAAGCUUGAGGCUAACGGGUUAUGUUUAAAUGCUGCUCAUGGGUCUGAAACUAGUGGGACUUUUGAUGGCAUUGCUUUUCGAAAUGGUGGAGUUGCCGAGGAAGGUAUUGGGAGCAAGCAAGUAGGGAGUUCAUCGAAUUCAUCCCCUAGAUUGUCAUUGUCUCCUGCUGCAGGGACAUCUCCUACUAUGAAAGGCUAUGGUCUGAAGAAAUGGAGGCGCAUUAGGAGAGAUGUGGUUAAGGAUGGUAGUGGUGGUAUGGAUAGUGGCAAAGCUAUGAAGCGGGGGUUGUCCGGUUCUGGUAAUCCGAUCAGACAAGGUAAUCUCGCGUCAUCGAUGGGGGGUAAGCUAUCUAAUGAGAUUUUUAUUGGUUCUGUUGGAGGGAAUGGUGUUCCUGGGUCUAGUUCGGACUCUAGGUUUGCGGUUGGUUCUGCUUUUGCUGCUGGUGCAGACUCCGAGAAUAGUAUUAGUGACGACCAGAGUAGUAAGUCGUCAACUGCAGCCAGUGCUCCAAGAACAAGGAAUGACCUUGCUGGUGGAUCGGGUAAUGGGUGGGAGAAGAACAGAACCAAACCUUUGACUGCAAAGGUUGCUGUAAUCUCGGCUCAACGUGGUCAACUGGGGAAGGGGCAUGUGGAGAGUAGUAAGAAAGCCAGAGGAGAGAGGGCCAAGAUUGAGAAAGAAAGCUCUCAGUCCAGCUUGGAAUCUGAUUCACGAAGCUCCAACUUUUUUUUUACUCAGGGUCUUUACUCAGUUACCAGCAAUGGAAAGCAGAGUGAAACAUCAUUGAAUGAUGAUGAAGAGAAUAGUUAUGAAGCACGUGCAGGUGAGCGUCAAGGUAGUGAGGAAAUUCACACCGGCUAUGAUCAUGAGAGUGUUGAAGAAGUUGGAUACCGUUCUCAAGAUGGUUCAGCAGUAGAUGCAUCAUCGCAGAAUAAGGAUGAGAAAAGUGAGAAGAACCACCCUUUGAAAGAGAAGGAUCCUUUAGUUGAAUCCAUGUCCCUGUUGCAAUCUGUGCAAGAAGCCCUUGAAAGUGAGAUUCAAAAACUGGGGGAGAUUGGAAAGAUCAGCAGCUACCCUACAGAUCCUCCUCAGACAGAUCCAGAAGUUUCUUCAAGCCCAUUCUCCCGGUUUGAAGCUGAAACUGUUGCAAUGUUAUCCGAAAAUGUAAAACAUCUAGAAAGCAGGCUGAAGGAGGCAUUGACAAUGCUGUGCGCAAAGGAGGCCAGGGUUGCUGAACUAGAAGACACCUUGCAGCGUGGCAGGUCAGAAAGUCAAGAAACAAGUACCACCGAGACAGAGAUCGAGGCCAUGUUCAAGCAGAAGCUGGAGGCUGAGGUCCAGUGUCUGGCUUUAACAAAGGCACUACAGCAUUCUACACCUGGAGAAAUGGAAGCCCGAAUUGGGGAGCAAGAGCAAAUGGUGCUAAAGCUCAGGCAAGUAGAAAGCAAGGCUGAGGAGGUGAAGCGAGGCGCGGAAGAACUGGAGAAGUACAGUGAGGAGGUUUUGGGUGCAGAGAAGGAGGCAUCGGAGAUGCGUCAGGGGUUGUGCAAAGCUGCUUCUUGCUUCUCGAUCCAGUUGAUGCUGCUGACCUUGGUGGUUUUCUUCAUGAUUUCGCAGCUGUCUCCCAAUGCUGCUGUUGUACCUACAUGAGGAAUUGCCUGCAACAACAAUAUGGGUGGACACUGGACAGGGCCUGGUCUGGUUCAGGAUCAGGUCGGAGUCAGUAUAGGACUGGGUCGUAAAUAGAGGGGGGAAAACCAGUUCAAAACCACUUUCAAUCUAAUCCCGUACGGUCUGUCCUGACCUCUAUGAAACCAACACCCAAUAUCAUCAUCCUGCUAAAUCAUAUCAGAUUGGGUUAUACUUCAAACUGGUUGGUUUGAUUCGGUCCUGUGUUCAACGCUCUAAGAGUAGGCCUGGUUUUCUUCAUUUUCUCUCUUCUAUAUGUAAUCUCAGCUGCAUAUCCUUUGGUAGAGGGCAGGAUGGAUGUGAAUGGUUGUACAUUCUCCUAAUGGGGAUGGGAAAAGAACUUGGGGCAGAGGGUCUUUGUGAUGGGUUUGUUCAGUUUUGUAACAAAGAAACUACUUCUGGGAUGAUUCUGUAUUGCUACUAUCUUUGGUAUCUUUGUUUCUGAUUGUUGGGAGUAAAGAGCACACAACGUUUUGGAAUCCC